UCGUGAUGGAAUCCGCAUUCUUGCAUUCGCCGUCCGCGCCACACACCGUAUGCAGCUGCUUCUCCAUACGUGUCUUCUUGCGCUGCUCAGCGUUGUCGCUGCCACGACCGUCGGGUCGGCCGGGACCCUCUCGCCGCUCUCGCUCGCCUUUGAUGGCAGCGCGCCGUUCCGCCACGUCAUCGAGAAGCCAAAGGCUUCGUACGUGGCAGUGCAUUUUGCGAGUCUUGACAUUCCCAUCAACGGCACCCUUCGCCUCGAGGACAAGACCGGAAAGGACGUCGUGACGUUUGCAGGUGGCGACCGCCGCGGCAGCUUCUUCGCCGAGUGGCUCGCGGGCGAUGUCGUCACCCUCACGUACGACGCACCGCACUAUGCAGCGCAGUCGACGCCAGUCUUUGUCAUCGACAAGGUGGCGUUCGGGCACCGCGCCGUGGCGUCCGAAGACAUUUGCGGCGAGGACUUUACGCGGCCCGCGUCCUGCUUCCGCAACACGAGCAUGCACGCACCCAGCCGCGCCGUCGCCCGGCUCCUCAUUCAAGGCAUCUCCGAGUGCACGGGGUGGCUCAUUGGGUCCGAGGGCCAUUUGAUCACGAACGAACACUGCAUCGGCUUUGACGAAGACGGUAGCGAAGUCCAAGUCGACUUGGGUGCUGAAUGCGACUGCGACGACGCGAGCCAGCACACCGUCUACGGCGCGUGCAAGGGCACGAUCGUAGCGACCAAUGCCACGUUUCUGAUGUCCGACACGGCCAACGAUUUCGCGCUCUUCAAGCUCAACGUCAAGGACGGCGUGGAUUUGAGCCAGUGGGGCUACCUCCAGGUGCGCGCGUCCGGGCCGGUGCUCGGCGAGCAAGUGUACGUGUCGGGUCACCCCAACUUUUGGAGCAAGCGCGUGUCGGCGUUUGUCGCGACGAAUGUGCCGGGCGUCGUCACCAAUUUGAGCCACGACAUGGACAACGGGCCUACGCCGUUGGAGUCGUGUCAGAAGGACGAGUUCACGUACAACCUCGGGACGCUGCGAGGCAACUCGGGCUCGCCCGUCCUCUCGGCCAAGGACCAUGUGGUCGUCGGCUUGCACAACUGUGGGUCCUGCGGGGAGUAUGGCAACGGCGGCAUCAAGUUCAACAAGAUCGUGGCGCAGCUCGAAAGCAAGGGUCUUUUGCCACCCAAUGCGAUUGCCAAGAGUCGAUGCUAGAGUCGUGUAGUUGCUGUACUAAUAGUAUGUUUGAAAUACGCACUCGUUUUGGAGA